GAGCUCAAUGGAAAUUUCCACUCUCUCCUCUCUCAGCUAUAUAUCAGCAGACACCGCCGGCACAGCACACGAAGGUUAACGACUCGAAACGAUCUUAUAGAAAAACUACAACAAGACCAUCUUUUCACUCUAUUCAUUGAUUUGACUGAAGAACACUUGGAUCUACAUCACCUCGUUUUACACUUGUAACUUAGUUUAUUGCAAAGUCAUCAUGUCUCAGCAACAUAUCAGUCUCCCAGCUAAGCUCAUUAAUGGAGGCAUUGCUGGUAUCGUUGGGGUUACUUGUGUCUUCCCCAUUGACCUGGCAAAGACCAGGUUGCAGAAUCAGAGAGCAGGUCAGCAGGUCUACAAGAGCAUGAUGGACUGCCUUGUCAAGACAGUUCGAUCAGAGGGUUACUUUGGCAUGUAUAGAGGUGCUGCUGUAAAUUUGACCCUGGUCACACCUGAAAAGGCAAUCAAGCUGGCUGCUAAUGACUUCUUCAGGCACCACCUCUCCAAGGACGGGAAGGGGCUGACGGUGUUUAAAGAGAUGCUGGCAGGUUGUGGUGCAGGCAUGUGUCAGGUUAUUAUCACCACGCCGAUGGAAAUGCUCAAGAUUCAGCUACAAGAUGCAGGCAGACUCGCGGCCCAGCAGCAAAAACCCGGUCUGAUGCCUGCCACCAAGCUAGUGGCCACUGCCACCGUCCUCAGCCGCUCUUACAACUCUGGCACGGUGGUCUCAGCGCCACGAUCUGUGUCAGCCACACAGAUCGCAAAGGAACUGCUCUACACGCAGGGCAUCCAGGGGCUCUACAAAGGGCUGGGGGCAACACUGAUGAGGGAUGUGCCCUUUUCUGUUGUCUACUUCCCGUUGUUUGCCAACCUGAACCGCCUGGGCAAACCCAGUCCUGAGGCAUCGUCGCCCUUCUAUUGGGCGUUCCUCUCCGGCUGUGUUGCAGGUUCUACUGCUGCUGUGGCUGUAAACCCCUGUGAUGUGGUGAAGACUAGACUGCAGUCACUGAACAAAGGAUCCACUGAAGACACUUACAAUGGAGUUACGGAUUGUGUGAGUAAAAUAAUGCGUAAGGAGGGGCCCUCUGCAUUCCUGAAAGGCGCCGGCUGUCGAGCCCUGGUCAUCGCUCCUCUGUUCGGCAUUGCACAGGUUAUGUACUUUGCUGGCGUUGGCGAAUACAUCGUGGACAACUCUCCACUAAGCCUCCUGUCAGCAUGAGAGCAUAUCAGACUGCUGUGUGACUAUGCAUAGGACCUCGAGUGUGGAUGGUGGAACAACUGGCAGCUACUUUCCAUCAGUUUACAGCAACAGAAGAAAAAAAAUCCAGAGUCUGACUGAUUCAGAAAGGCUUUUAUGAAGAGACCUAAGAUUUCAACUUGUGUGUGGUCUGACAGCUGUGUUGCACUCAAACACUUUGUGACUUAUUCAUGAGGCUAUAGCCAAUGUUUGCACUUGAAGCUGUUAGCCUUACUGGGCUGCGGGACUCAGAGUUGCAGUGUUAUUCUUUCUUUGUCCCAGAGACAGUCCUCUUCUGUUUCCCUCUGUGAGGGAGGGAGCUCACUAUAUUUCACCUAUUUUUGUGAUUUCUUACAUGCUGUCACUUUUCGUAUUAUUUUGUAUUUAAAUGCUAAUUGUAUUUUGAAUUUCUGAAUGCAACAGCGUGCAGUACUUUCUUCCUUUCCAUUGCUGUCUCAUGUUACAAAGCUUUUAAUUUAGACAAAGGCUUCAAAUUGGAGACAUAUUGGGCCCAAUUUACACAAUCUAAUGCAAAGGGAUCUUUUUUUAAAAUUAUUUUUUACUUACAUUUUCAGCAAAAACCAUGAGUGUAUUUGUUUUAUUUUACUGAUCAUGAACCUUCCUACUCACAUGGGACCAUAUGGUUUGCCAAACCAGAAACUGUGUCCUGUUAUAUACUUGACAUUAGCCCGACAGUUGUUAAGUAGUCUGUGAACUGCAGUGUUUGUAUCUUAAUAACCUGCAAAAAAAACUUGAGAUGCAUUCAUGCACAUUAUAUAUAUGUAUAUUUGUCUGUUUGUCCGCAGUGAUUCAUUUUAGACAUUAACAUUUGCAUACCUGAUCCUCCACAAGGUGUUUUCUUUUUUGGUUUAUGCCUUAACAGAGCAGACUGACCUUCCUCUCUUCUGAGGAAUCAC